AUGUGCAUUGCUCCGCUGGCCGUACACGGCUCGUCUGUCUGGCAGCAUCCACGUCUCCAUGGCCGGAAGAACGUGCACGAUAUACAAGUUCAUGUUCUGACAGCCAUCCAGAGACGAGCCGGACACAUUGUAACAAGUACAUCUCAAAGAGUGAGCUGUGGCACUGGACCUCCCGUCUCGCGCCAGGCCCAGCCUUGUGACGACCCGCGCUUCUAUGAAGCCCUGGAGGUGUAUACCGACAACCGAAGUGCGCUCCGCUCUCUGCGACGCCCGUCACAAACAUCCGGCCAGUACCUGGUCCGGGAAAUCGUCACCCUUCUGGAGGAACGCGCAGAGGGGUGGGACAGCGUUCUACUGGAUCCCCGGCGCAUAUGGGAAUCCUCGAAAAUGAAUUUGCCGACAACCAGGCCAAAUGGGGUUUUUGUGCAGAUCCAGGAGGAGGCCGCGGUCGAGGAGCAGCCAGCAUUGGAACUGGAGCUGGGCGGUGUGGCGGCCGCCAGGGACUGGUCCGUGAGGUUGUAG